AUGGACUAUCAGGAUUCGGACUGGGACCACUGUGCGACUUUGUCCACCUUUCUCACUCUCACCGACAUCGCAAAGGCACACGCACACACCCAGCCCUCGCGCACCCGUGACCGCGAUGACGACUACGACUACGAAACACCCGUGCUGCGCGUCAUCGACGAGGCAAAGCAGAAGGGGUACAAGCGCGUGUGCAUGCCUCUGACGACUGACAAGUGGCGGGCACGCUGGGCCAAGAUGUGUUUGCUCCCCAAUGAGAGCAGCGAGCAGGACAAGGAGGAGGCCAGCAAGGCAGCCGAAGCCUGGAGACUUAAUCCGGCCUUUGAGAGGGACGAGGUGAUGAUCACAAGAUUGGAUGAGGCCGAGGGUGUCAUCGCCAUGAUAUCCGAAUGGCUCGAACUCGACGCUGCCGACGACUGGGUGCGCCACGAUGCUGAAAUCGCGCUUAAGCAGGAACUAGCGUACGCAUCAUACCUCAACAUUCACACCGCCAUCCUCCCUGCACCGCGGAACCGCGAUCACGUCGCGUCCUACGCGCGCAUCGUGCACUCAUGCCUCGUCAAGUUCCCGUUCCUCUACAUCUCCAUCCGGCUCCCCAUCUACAAUCCAUCCGUCUUCCAUCCACCAUCGCCCGCGUCACCCAUCCUGCGCCCGAGCUCCCCAAUGUUGUUGUCGUCCCCUGGAUCGUCUUCGUCGGGUGCUCCGUCGCUGGUCAUAUCAGAGAUUGAGCAGCUCCCCGCCAGCAACUCCGGAGGGUCUCUCAAUGCAACGUGGGAGAUGUGGGAUCUCAUCAGAAGCAUGUGUGAUUAUAACAUGAAGCUGACGUUGACUCUCGAUCUCUCUCCUGCCCUCCCGACGACCCUGGGUGUGCUCAGCAAAUGGGCAGCCGAAUCCCACCGGCCUAUGAUUAUCCUCUCAGAAGUGUCAGAAGGUCGCCAUACGCGCGGCGGCGAAAAUGCGUAUUCGCAGUACGUGAGGCAUUUGGAAAAAACCAGUCCCGCUGUUCAAGCGGCGAAGAAGGCUGGAACCGUCGAAAAUUUUGCACAGGGCUACCAAGACUACCUGCAGGCUCCAUUGCAGCCUUUGAUGGAUAAUUUGCCUAGUAUCACAUACCAGACGUUCGAACAGGAUCCUGUGAAAUAUAGGCAGUACGAAGAGGCUAUGUAUCGGGCAUUCCUGGACCAUGCCGUUGAUGAGAAACUUGUUGUCUGUGUUGCUGGUGCUGGCCGUGGACCCCUUGUUGCUAGGUGUUUCAAGGCUCUCGAACGGGCAAAGCGCCAGGCUACGGUCAUAGCCGUCGAAAAGAACCCAAAUGCUUUCGUCACACUCCAGGAGAGAAAACGAAAAGAAUGGGGCAAUAAAAUCCAGCUGAUUUUCGGAGACAUGCGAAUCAUCGAUGUUCCUGAGAAAGCAGACAUCCUGGUUAGCGAACUCCUAGGCUCGUUUGGUGAUAACGAGCUCAGUCCGGAGUGUCUCGAUGGCGCAAUGCGAUUUUUGAAACCAUCUGGAAUAUCUAUACCAUCAUCUUAUACUGCGCAUCUAGCCCCGUUGUCGUCUUCCAAAUUGUACAACGAAGCGCGGUCUACUAAAACGGAAAAAGGCCUGGAGACACCCUAUGUGGUCAUGUUCCAGGCCGUCAACAUCCUCAGCGGGACAAAAGCAUCUGUCGAUGGACGUUGUGGCCCUCAAGUGCAGGAAUGCUGGGAAUUUGAACAUCCCAGACGAGAAGCAGUACUCGAUGCCCAAGGUUAUUUCGAGGCGGUGCUCUACGGAAAUAUUGGAAUUAGCAUACACCCUCAUCGCAAGGAUCAGGUAUCCAAAGAUAUGCUCAGCUGGUUCCCGUUGUUCUUCCCAUUCAGGGAGCCACUUUACUUGCCCAGCAGUUCGGAGCUCCAAGUGUCGAUAUGGCGCAUCACCAAUGAUAGGAAAGUGUGGUACGAAUGGCAUGCAGAAUCGUUCAUCUCCGUCCCUACGUCUGCAGGCGGUAGCGAAGAACUAUUGAUGACCCAACCUUUCAGCGGAAGCUUUUCCGUGAGCUCGCCGUCAUUCUCAUCAAUGGGUGCUCCUAGCCCUCUCGUGGACUCGAAAGAACCUCCAUUCUUGGAUAUGACGAGGAUGCAAAACAGUGACACCGGUCCCGGCGGGGUAGAGUACGAGAUGGUCAAGAUCGGUCAUACCAGUCUGCAUAACGCAGCCCUUUUUUCAGUCCCGCCUUUCAUAUUUUCUAAGAUGAAGUACUUCUCUACUCUCGCUGCCAUCGUCACUGUCAUUCCCAGCAUCAUGGCCAUGACCAUCAAUACUCCAACCAGCGUGGUUCAGUGUCAACCCCAGCUGAUCACCUGGAGCGACGGUCUCGCACCCUACUAUCUGACCAUCAUUCCUGGCGGUCAGCCCAGUGCCUCGCCUCUUAAAACCUUUGACACCCAGAGCGGCACAAGCAUCACCUGGAUUGUCGACAUCAAGGCUGGCACCCAAGUGACUUUCGCGCUCAAGGACAGCACUGGAGCUACAUCCUACACGGACUCCGUCACCAUUCAGCCCAACAAUGACUCAAGCUGCUUGGGUGGUGGUUCUGGAAACUCUGGGAAUAGUGGAAACGCAGCGGGUGGAAACUCGGGGGCUUCACCUACUACCCAGGCUACUGACGCGAACCCGUCUGCCGCCAGUGGAGGAUCUUCAUCAGUCGCAGCGGGUUCUACCUCCACGAGUCGUCCUGCUGCAGGUGCUCCAUCUGCAGCUACCAUCCGCUCUACUUCUACCCCAUCCCCAGUGUCUGUUACGGCGCAGAGGACCACAAGCGCCGCCGCCCCCGCGGGAUCGGGAUCCUCUUCAUCUUCGACAACAGGGACCAACGCCUCUGGAGCUGAGUCCCGCUUCAGCCUUGGGGGUUACCUCGUCGCCGGUGCUCUCGGUCUUGUGGGCGCUGUUGUUCUGUAA